AUGGAAUUACAUAAUCAGCUGGGGAACAAGUGGUCUGCCAUUGCUGCAAAGUUGCCUGGAAGAACUGACAAUGAAAUCAAAAACUAUUGGCAUACUCGUAUGAAGAGAUGCAAUAAACGAAAGGAAGCUGCAACCCAAGUGGAAGUAGCACAGACUAUUGAAAACUCACCUUCUGGAAUCCAAACCCUAAAGGAAUCGGAAAAACUAAUGCUAUCUCCCAAUUCUGCCAAAUGGAUAGCUUGUGACAACACUUCCUUGGAUUCAAUUGCAGUUUCCCAAGAUAACUCCUGGCCUGAAACAUUUCUACCUAUUACAUAUAACAACCAAGCAAACAUGUUAGCAGCUGUGCCCGACCCUUUUGAAUUAUCCAGUGAACUGAAUUUUAGUGAAUUAUCAUUCCCAGAUUUUUCUAUGCCGAGUGAUCUUCAUGGGAUUGGAGAUGAUAAUGUCAACUCUUCAGAUUCUGGAUUCCUGGGAAAUUUCUGGAACGAACCCAAUGAAACUAAUUAUUUGUUACCAGUAGAGGAGGCUGGCCAAUUUUCUCCCUAUAUUUCGUACUUCGAUGAUUUCAUGGUCAAUAUGUCUUAG